AAUUAGUAUGCUAUGCAGCAGAAGGGCAAAUAGUAAAUGCCCCCCUUCCCCACACACACACCACCACCACCACCACCACAUGCAAGCCAUUAGAAGGGAGCAGGGAGGCAGAGACAGAGAGAGAAGUGAGGGGGUGUUGUGAAGGAGGGGAGCUAAAGGAAGUGGAUGAUGAAAAGACGAGAGUGAGUAAGCGUGCGUAUGGCCAGACAGUAUAUAAAGCUGGAGAACAAGAGAAGAUAAUAAGACCUUAAGAGCUCCCAUUGAUUCUUCAACAGAACCUUACUGGCCUGCCGCCAGUUCAGAGCAGACUGCUCAGACUGCUCACUGCUCAGCAUCAAAGACCGGAGCAGUAGAUGACGGUACUGAUGGUGUUGCUGUACAAGAGCCUGGCCGUGCUCCAGCUCUUCCUGACUCUUGACCCCUCCCUACGGCUCACCUACGCUUCCUCCACCCCCUCCCCCAUCACCCGCACUGGUUUCCAGUUCGUGACUGCCCUGGACGACUAUGACAUUGACUACCCCGACGGCCUCAGCCAUCCCCCCAGCGCGGCUCCCCCCAUCAGGGCGACUAACGUUCCCCACGAGCUGUGCCAGUACGACCCCUGCCAGGAGGACCAGGCACCCUGCUCCGACCUCUCAGCCCAGAGCGGGUGCCUCUGCCCGGGCCUCAGCGGAGCCUCCCAUCCCCCCCGCCCCCCCCAGCUCCAGGGUCUGCUGCCCCCCGGCAGCGGGGACAGAAGUGACGGCGGAGUGGUGGUACGCUGGUGCGCCCCGUACUCCGUCGUGACCGGGUACAGAGUGGUCGUCGAUGGCAACAGAGGCGCGGCCUUGGAGUUCCCGUCCCGGGGGCGGCGGGGGCAGGUGGGGGUCCUGGAGGCGCGGGCCGAGGUGUGCGUGGAGGCGGUGAACAGGGCGGGGCACAGCGUAGCGUCAGAGUUUUCCUGCCGGCAGUACCAGCCCCCCCCCAGGCUCAGCGGCUCUGGGAUGGUCGGGCUCAUAGGGGGCGGGGUUGCUGUCCUCCUACUGCUGGUCGUCACGGCGAUCGCCCUCCACCGGAGACGCAGAGCCCGACGGAAUACAACCGAGGCCAGAGCCGAGGGACUGGGGAACCCCUCCUACAGCGCAGAGGGAGGGCUCUGUGAAACAUAGAAACAGGCCGGGCAGGAAGGAGGAAUGGAGAGGACAGAUGAGCAACAGACUGAAGAGGGACCCAAGCUGAAUGACUCCUAGCUCUUUAGGAACUGUGUCAGGGGAUAAUGGUUAGAUAAGAAUCUUACAAUCAUGGUACUGUUAAUAUAGUAGGCCUAGUGCCAGCACAAUUGAAAUUGGAGGACGUUAUGGCGCAAUACUACACUGCACAAACAGUGAUUGAUGUGUGAAACUGCAGGUUGAUUUGCUGGCAAAUCCUCUGGCUUAAUAUAGGACACAAAUCAUCGUAUUGUAAAUAUUUUUACAUUUUUAAAUUUUUACAAUGUAUUAACCAAUCUUAUGAAUAAAUGCAUUAAUUUGUUAUCAAAA